ACACAAAAAUAAUAAACUCAUAUCCAGCCCACAUGAUAACACAUGGCCACUUAGUGAACCAAAUUAUAAUCAAGACUCUAGAUAGUGCCAUUGCUAUCGUAACGCUUCCCGAGAACACCAAGAUACUCGGAUUCCGAAACAAUUCACACCAAGGGCAGUGUGUUUUAUUAUAGUUGAAUAUUGCAAUUUUGUUUUUCAAGUUUCAGUUCUUAGUUUUGGAAAUCCAAAUGCUUGGACACAUAAACAAAAGCAAGUUUUGAAAAAUUCAAAAAUUCUCCGCAAAGGGACAAACGUUUUUGUAUAAAGUUUAUUUCUUUUAAAAACUAAUAUUAAAGGGCUUCUGAGUUUUUGGCGAGAAAUAAAUUCGUUUUUAUUUGUUUAGUUUUGUGUGUUCUUUGAAGUGAUGAAGCAGCUGAAAAUUUGCCAUCGCAAAAGUUUAUUCUUUGUAAAGAAGGAUGUAGUUUUGUAUUUGGGAUUGUUGGUAUUUUUGGAUAUAACCUUGACAUAUGCAAACAUUUCAAGUCACAUCUCAAAGUGCUGUACAGCAGGCACUAAUUAUGCUAAAAGACUUGGCCAUUGCAAUGAUCAUGAUAAUGAAGUCACAGAAAUACCACCACUAUGGCAUGGCUUAUGUUUAUCGGCUCUCGGACUAUGUUGUUCUCGUGAGGAAGAAAGCCUUCAUUGCAUCGCAGGACGUGAAGCAGCCAAUAUGGGAUCAAAAUGCACUGGCGAAGGAAAAUAUAAUACAUCUGCCUACACGUCAUGUUGUAAAUCAUGUCAGAUAGGCCUAGCUGUUUCUGCUGCUGGAAAUAACUGUAGCGAUGCUAUAAAUGCUUUUCUUUCAAAAGAUGAAUCAUUUACAAUAUGCUGCAACCAUGCUCAUUCCGUUGCCAUUGCAGAAACAAAAACGGAAACAGACGAAGAGGGUACUCUUUUUCUAGCUAAUGACGAGGAUAUUUGUGAAAAAGUUGAAAAAACUGUUGGAAAACUUUGUGAGCACUUUUGCGAGAAUACAAGAUCUUCUUAUGUCUGUCGUUGUCACAAAGGCUAUCAGUUAAAUGAAAACGGUGUUACGUGCUCGAAGAUACCUACUCUAGGCCAUGAAGAACAAACAACUGAAGAGCUUUCUGAAGAAACGGAUGAAGAAGAUGAAGAACUUUUAGAAGAGAACGACAUGGAAACGUCUGCAAAUUGCCAUCCAGGAUUUGAGAAAGAUAAAGUAACAGGUAAAUGUAAAGAUAUUGAUGAAUGUUCAAAAGGAACCACCAGUUGUUUGGAUCACGAGUAUUGUUCAAAUACCCCCGGCAGUUACAAAUGCAUUUUUGUAAAAACAUCCAACUGUCAGCGAGGUUAUCGUUUUAAUACAAACACAGAAGAAUGUGAUGACAUUAACGAAUGCCUGGAAGAAAUUGACGAUUGCAAGAGAGACGAUGAAACAUGUUUCAACACACGUGGCAGUUACACUUGUCAAGACAGAUUUUUAAAAAAAUGUCAAGAUGGUUUUAUUUUCUCAGCUGAAACUGGAAAAUGUGAAGAUUACGGACUCACGGAUGACAGCUUAGGUCGAUCCGAUUUGAAUGGAAAAGUUGAGAAAUGCUCUUCUGGAUUCCGAUUAAAACAUGGCAAAUGCAUUGACAUCGACGAAUGUGCAACAGACAAAAACGCUUGCGAUAACAACCAAAAAUGCAACAAUGACAUAGGUGGUUAUCGCUGCGAAUGCAAAAUUGGCUUUAAUAUGGAUACAGUAACCAACGCCUGUGUUGACGUAAACGAAUGCGUGAUCAACAACCAUAAAUGCUUGCCGUCACAGAGGUGUGACAAUACUAUAGGCUCCUAUACUUGUAUAAGAUUGCAAAGCUGUGGCACAGGUUACACUUUAAAUUCUGAAACGGGAAUUUGUGAAGAUGAUGACGAAUGCAAAUUAAGACUUCACACUUGUUCGGUUGGAUAUGAAUGUCGAAAUACAAAGGGAUCAUUUCGAUGUGAUCGCAAACGUACCACGGCUACUACAAAACUGACAACUACUUCAACAACUCCAAUUCCAGUAACUGCUGCGUCAAAAAUUAACUCAUCCGGUCGUAGUUAUUAUCCAUCAUAUGCAACCAACAGUCAACUACAAAGACCGGUUCCAAAUUACCGAUUAAAGCCGCCUUAUUCUAAUGCUUCCGAAACACCUUGUGGAUUGGGAUUUCACAGGAAUCAUAUUGGAGCUUGUGUAGACAUCAAUGAAUGCCAAAUCCCAUCUACAUGUGGAACUCAUCAGCGUUGUUUGAAUACUAAUGGGUCUUAUCGCUGUGAGAAUCUCUUAAAAUGCCGAGGUGGUUUUAAAUCAUCUCCUGAUGGAGUGGCAUGCAUUGAUAUCGAUGAAUGUGCGACAGGUGAACACAGUUGUGUAAAUAAUCAAAACUGCAUCAACCGUUCCGGCGGUUUUAUAUGUACUUGCCCACCUGGCCAUAAGUUGGACUUGAACAAUCGUUGUGUCGACAUAAACGAAUGCGAACAGGAAAAGCCACCGGUGUGUCCAAUGACUUCUACAUGCAUGAACACCUUAGGAUCAUUUUAUUGUGAAUGCAAAAUAGGUUUUAAGAAACACCAUGCCAACUGUGUCGAUGUUGACGAAUGUCAAGAGAUACCCGGUCUUUGUCAGCAAGAGUGCUUGAAUUUUUGGGGUGGUUAUCGAUGUUCUUGUAAUCCGGGUUACGAGCUCGGAAGUGAUAAUCGAACAUGUACCGACAUUGACGAAUGUGAGGUGCAUAAAACAUAUGGAUUGUGCAUGGGAAUAUGUCUAAAUGUUCCCGGUUCAUACGUUUGCAGCUGUCCCAGAGGCUAUAAAUUGUCAGAGGACAACAGAUCCUGUGUGGAUAUUAAUGAAUGUGCAACAGGAAACUUUUGUACAGGACGCAAUGAUGUUUGUACAAAUAUCAGAGGAAGUUUCCGUUGUACAACGAUACGCUGUCCUUACGGUUAUGUCAACGAUGCUGAUCAAAAACAUCGAUGUCGCUUGGCAAAUAAUAUUUGCGAGGGUGAUGAAUGCUUUAGUAAACCUGCAUCGUACACUUACAAUUUUAUCACACUUGUUUCCAAACUUCCUAUUUUGCCCGAAGGUAGAAUCUUGUUUACAUUACGUGGUCCCAGUUGGUAUGAAAAUAUAGAUUUUGAUUUGAAAGUUGUAAGAACUCAAGCGGCAGCUAACAUUGAAAAAGCAACAGAAAAUCAUUUUUCAACAAGAAAACUUGGUCAUCAAGUUGAGCUGAGUCUAAUUCGAGAAUUAGAAGGACCCCAGGAUGUUGAACUGGAAUUGAGCAUGAAUGUUUUUAUGAAUGGACAACCUAAAGGCAAAAGCGUUGCCAAAAUUUUCAUUAUUGUUUCUCAGUAUUCGUUUUAAAUAAUAAAAUUAGUAAUAAAAACAAGCUUUUUUUAAGUGGUAUUUUAAAAA